UAUACCCGCAGCCUUACGAUGCGCGUGCGCAACGCAUGCAGCGCGCGCCGUCCGAAGCUGCGCAGGAGUGUCCGCCGUGGUCAUUCGCGAUGGAGCCGUGGAGGACGCUGCUCGUUCUGGCCGUGGCCGCCGCCGCCGCCGCCACCCCGCUCAUUGACCAACUCGCGCCUGGACAGGAAUGGCCCGCUCGUUCGUCUGUUGGUCAGCCGGGAGAUUCAAUAAAUGAAGACGUCAAAGUUGAGGACGUCUUCUCUGGAUCUACAAAUGAGACUGCAGUGGAAGAAGUGGAUGAAGAGGCAUUCGCUAAAGCCGUAAUAACGAAGGAAGUAGAUCUGACAAAGGAUGAAAUCACUAAAGUUGACUACAGCGGGGCCCAAGUCUGGAAGAUACAAACAAACAAACGAAGCGUAGUGGCUGUCGUAGGCAGAUUGAGACGAAGAAACCUCGUGUCAACAUGGGGCGGAAAUCAUACGCACAUGGAUAUACUUGUUAAACCUAACGCGGUCAAAAAUGUUACAAGAGCUUUCAAGCGGGAGAACAUCACAUACGAUGUCCUAAUUGAAGAUUUACAGAGACGAAUCGAUGAAGAAAACCCGCCAUUGGAUGAGAAUGAAUUGUCCCUUCAAGACAGACGAGCUAGAGCUUACAAUUUCUGGCGUUACAGGGCCUCUCACCGCCGCCUAGGCUUAGUAGGCGCUAUCAUGGGCUACAACUCCCUAAACCUACCCAUGGAGUAUUGGCCAAGUGCAAACUGGGGUCAUAAAAUGACGUGGAAGCAAUACCACAGGCUGGAAGACAUUCAUCAAUUCAUGGACUACUUGGCGAAAACAUACCCAUCUAUCAUAAGCGUAAACAGCAUUGGGAAAUCCCACGAAGGGAGAGAUUUAAAGGUUUUACGUAUAUCAGAUGGUAAGCCAACUAAUAAAGCCGUGUGGAUAGAUGGAGGUAUUCACGCUAGAGAAUGGAUAAGUCCUGCCACUGUCACUUAUUUCAUCAACCAGUUCGCCGAAAACUUCGACGUUGAGUCUGAUGACGUCAAGAACAUCGAUUGGUACAUUUUGCCAGUAGUUAACCCUGACGGCUAUGAGUUUACUCAUCUCGGUGAUCGUCUAUGGCGGAAGAACAGAAAACCACAGGGCACCACAAGGGUGUGUUUUGGCGCCGACCUCAACAGAAACUUUGGAUACCGAUGGGGCGGCAAAGGUUCUUCAAACAACCCGUGCAGCGACAUUUACCGCGGAUCAAGAGCAUUCUCAGAACCAGAAACCAAAGCUGUGUCUGAUUUCAUCAACAACAGUGCAGUAAAUUUCACAGCAUAUCUGACAUACCAUAGUUACGGGCAAUACAUCUUGUACCCAUGGGGAUAUGACUCAGUGGUGCCUCCUGAUUACCAGCAGCUAGAUAUUGUUGGAAAGGAUGUUGCUAGGGCCAUACAACAAACAGGAGGCUCUGAAUACAGUGUAGGGUCUUCCAGUGGCUUACUGUACCCUGCCGCUGGUGGCUCCGACGACUGGGCCAAGGCUAAGGGCAUCAAAUACACCUACACCAUAGAGCUCAGUGACACGGGAAGAUAUGGCUUCAUUCUCCCCGUGUCAUACAUAGAGCCUGUGGCUAGGGAGUCUCUAGCAGGCCUCAGGGUUUUAGCUGCUGCCGUUAAUAAGGCAUAGGUUGGGAUAAGAUUGCGUGCCAUUAAUUUAUUUGAUAUAUUUAUUUAUGUUUAUAUUAUGUGAUGUUUUCAAAUUCGGAUUUUUAUAGUGCCUUUGUCUAAAUUCAUAAAAUUAAGUACAAACAUAUUGUAAGGUACACAGUUGUCCUACUUUAUUAUGCCUUUUGCAGAUUAGUGUUAGUUUUAUUUUAAGAUAUAUUUUUAAGCUUUAUUGAAUAAUUCAGUUUGACUUGAGAAUGUAGUAGGUAAUAAAAUAAUUGCUUACUUAAA